GUAGCUUUUUUAUGUAACAGUGUAACAGUGUUUCCUGGAUUUGAUAGAAAUGUUCUCUGUAUUCCAAAUUGUAGUUGUAGCAGUAGUGAUGUUAGUAAUAUUUAUUUAUAUUUAGUUAUUGGGGUUUUCAGCAACCAAAUGCAAAUAAUUUGAAUAUUUUUGUAGUCACAAGUUCUGAUGAGCAGAAAGACCCUUUUAAUCUCCUGUAUCAAUCAGUAUUUAACCUGUAUGUAAGAUAUAUACACCCAUGCAUUAUACAGCGUUGGGGAAUUGUUUGGUUUUAUAAAUGGGUCUUACUAACAGACUCCAGCAAGCAAUGAUAAUUGUACUUAAUGAGUUGAUUUCUGUCCUUUCAGCAUUGGAACGGAUCUUGGCUAAAAUGCUCCCUACGUUGCUUUUCCGGUUUUUCUUCAGCAACAGUAAUGAAUAUUAUCAAGUGAAGUAUUUCCUUGGAGCAAUUGUUGGAUUGUGCAUCGGAAGCGCACUUUACUUUUUGCUGGUUUAUCCAUUAACCACCUUGAAUGACCAGAUCAAAGUCUGCAUAUUUAUUGUUAAUAAUGCUAUAUUUUCCUUCGGAUGGGCAAUGUCCACUAAUUUCCGCUGCUCGACAUUGAUGAUACUCCUGCUUAUCCUGUGCGAAAGUACAGGUGCCCUAACAACUACAGUUGCUAUCAAAGCAAUCACUGAUGGCCCUGUUCCUAAUAUGAUGAAAAAUAUAGAACUACUUGUAAUGAGCUUUGAGUGUACAGGAGAGAUGACCCUUAACCACACAAAGAUGAUGUACACAUCAAUGAUGGAACCUAUAAAGAGGAUAUUUGGUCAAUUGACGAAAAGGUCAUCGAAUUUAACAAAGGACACCAAAGAAAUAACUGAUGAUUUCCGUGAGGUAGAAGAAGAAGUUGAAAGCACUGAGGGAUACGACAAUGUGAGAGAGAAAGAACUGAUAAGGGAAGAAAUCGAGAGAAACAAAACGUUACUAAUGAAUACUCAGAAGAAAUUUAGCAUGAAGACUUUCCUGCGCUGUGAACAUCUCUUUGAAAUGGGCAUAGGGAAGUGCCAUGAAUGGUUUGAUCAGAAAUAUGAUGAAUGCAUGGAGACAAUAUGGUUACCUGUUCUCAAUCAUGCAUUGUGCUGGCCAAUGAAAUUGAAAUUUGUCUGCGGCGCUUUAAAUUGGUUCCUGCCAUUGUGCAAGAAGCACAUCCGCAUUGACCCUUUGUUUGGAGAACUCUAUGAUAAUAUCAGUGGGGCCAUUGACACAUUCAAGCAAAAUGUCACUAUAGAUGUUCAAAUUACGGUCAGAAACAAAACCAUAUUUGAUACGACACUGAAGAAAGUCAAACAAAAUGUGUCCGAAACCGUUGAAGAGAGCGAAUCAGUUUCACAGAAAGCUAUGAAGGCUAUAAAAAUAGUUUUGUCUCUACUCUUCCUCCAAUACAUCAGUUCAGCUUUUGGCUAUGUUGAGAAUUACAAUUCAAACCUUCGCCACGACAAUGUGUACAUAACAACGUACUUCAAACAAAUCGACGCUCGUAGGAGGAAGCAGGGAAAGAGGCACCUGCUACCGCUGAAAAAAGGGGAACGUGCAGAUUUAAUUUACCCAAUAAACUUUGCCCUCCAUGGACCAGAGGUGAAAGCAUUGACAAGCGCUAUGAUAGGGUGCAUUCCGCUGAUUGUUAUUUGCCUGCUUUUACUUGGACUGGAUUUGGGUGUCCAAAAUAUCAUGGACAUUACUAUCAAGCAUUCCAAUAUUAGCUACAACUUUGGCUUUAAACACAAUCUAGAAGUGAUUGUUGGUGGCACCGGAUUCCUGGCAAGAUUUCUCCGGAACACAAUUGGAAAUAUCAAUACGUCCUCUAAUGCGCUUCAUGUGACCAAUAAUACUGUUUGUCUGGCGCAACCGAUUCAUCUGACGUCCCAGCAAUAUAUCGGCACUUGUUUACUACUGACCAUCACGCUGAUCCUUCCUUUUGUCCAGAUAUACAUGAGCCGACUGUGCAGAGUCCUGGCUGCUUACUUUUACCCUAAGACGGAGAAAAGGCGAAUUCUCCAUCUCUAUAAUGAGCUACUGAGGUACAGGGACCUGUAUUUAAAUAUAAAGAGGAAGAACUUAAUGAUCACUGCCAACCGCCACAGAAACUUUAUGAUGUCUAUACCUGGUAUGCUAUUCCGACAAAUGAAAUGGCUGAGAGUCAUUAUAAAGCGACGCUGUUUGGUUUGUAAUGCCAAAGAAACCAAGACUUCCUAUAUUUGCAAGACAUCAAACUGUGACACAGCCUACUGCCUCGACUGCUGGAAGGAGAUAAAGAAAUGCUGCUUUGUUUGCUUACCAGAUGAUUUAAUUGAAAAUUACUUCUGUGAAGAAUAAUACUACAGUGAUGGCGGCCCCUCCCCCUUUUUAAAAAAAUGUUUUGUAUAAUAUACUUUUUUUAAUAUAUUUUGUAAAAUAUAUUAAACAUAUAUUUUAUAUAAUCAGUAUUUAAUAAACUUUAAUAAACUUUUAUAAAUAUGUGUCCAUUGUAUUUGAGAAAUUUUCCGGCCGGCCCUAUUGACGAGCUGACCGAUAUGCAAGUCUUUUGCUAUCAGUUGGCUCGUCUCCCACCAUACAUACUAAAUAUUGCACUAAAAUUUGUUUCAUACCAUAUUAUCUGUGCGUCUAUGGCCACCUUAAGGCGUCAAGCCCGGUUAGGUUGUCUCUUUCCUGGCUCCACUUAUUAUUAUUGAGAAAUCGUGGCAGACAGGCUAAUGAGAUCACUGGGCAAUGAGCUGAGGGGCUGUCAUGACAGAGCUGUGAAACGAUUGUUGCAGGAACAGCCUCCAAAGAGCCCCCACCAAUAAGUAAUUGACCCCUGCUGUAUGCUGGCAUGUAACUGCCCCAGAUCAGCACACCUUGAACAGAUAUUUUGUUUAGAUUGCCAGCUGUCGGCCACUUCUCCCAUUUACAGUGCUGUCAUUACUGAACAGGAGGGACCCAGAAGCACGGUACUAGCUAUGGAGUCACAUUGCGCUCCGACGGUAUACAGCACAAAAGUUCCAUAUAUUCAUCCAGAUGUCAGGUUUAUCGUUGCCCCAAAGAGCUAACGAUCAACUGGGAAAAGAAGCAGUGCUUCCAGCAUUCCCUGUGAAACCAAUAAUGGUUACUCCACAUUACUGUUGUUUACACCCUUUUCUAUCUUACGAAAUCUAAGUUGGCCUUCUGUGUGAGCCAUCGGAUCAUCCCCCGCCACUAGCUUGUGGCUUUUAAGAGAGAGAGACUGCCCAAAGCAACGCCUAUUUUUGAAAAAAAUGAAAUAAUGGAAAAACAAUAGUGAAGGCAAAGUAAAGUUGCAUGUAUAAGUGCACACUUGAAAAGUAUACUUACAACUAUGCUGAUGUAAGUAAUGAAAACUCUUUGGUUAAGCACUGUAAAUAUGUCAGUGCUGAGUAAAUAAAGUAUAAUACUCAUUAAAAAGUAAUGAAAUUGACACUUUUAUUAUAGAACCAUUGGUUUAUUGCCAAGAAGGUACAAAAUGCCUGAUGAAUGUGAAUCUGCCUUUGCAUAUUCUUUUUUACCAUCUUACCCUCCUCUAAGGACAGUGUCUUUAAUUUUAGGGUAUUUGUCAUAUGAGAAAUUUGUGCCACCUUAAGGUGGUGGUAAUUCCAGGGUUUCCAAUGUGGCCGGCAUCAGUCUAGAUAGACUUGAACCUAAAGAAUCCUGUGCUGAUGUCAUUUUAACACAAAUUACACAUUUAUGUUUGCGGGAAAAUACACUGCAUUAUGGGUAAACUUUGCACACUUGCGGUCUUAAAUGAGACAUAUAACAGUCCAACAUAUAUCAUGCACUAUUCAAGUAGCUUUGGGUGUCUGGUGCGUUAACCGUAUCUGUGGGGAGUCAAUCCCAAUAUACAAAUCUCCAACUGGGUCGCACUCCAUAAAAUGUAGCAUUUAUUUCAGAUACAAAAAAACAAUGGCACAUUCAGUGCAUAUAUGCAAAUUUUCAUAGCAUGUCUGUAUAACAUUCUGUAUAAAGUUCUGUGCAGUUCCACAAUAGCAGUGAGUAAUAAAGUUCGUCUCAUAACUUAUCUGUACAGAGUUAUGAAUCGUUGCCACGUUUUGAGGGCAUCUCGCACCCUUUCUCAACCUCGUUCAUAAUCCUUCGUGUUUAGCAGACGAUGUCCGCGUUCAGCAAACCUGCUAGGAAAGAACCAAUUGUAAUACUACCGAUAAGAGAUCUGAAAAAUAAAGUAAAGUAAAAAUAAAAGAUCUAGGCUGCUUACAUACAUAUUUACAUGUUCAAAUAUACCUGGCGUGUCCUUUCUAUAAGAAAUUAUGUAAAUCAAAGUCCCUAUUUAGUCCUUUCGGAAAUAGUGAAUUUAAUCUGUGUAUCCACUGGACCUCAGCUUUUUUAAGGGCCAGAACUUGAUCACCUCCUCACCUCCUCUUUUUAACGGUGGAAUAUGUUGGAUAAUACGAUACCUAAGGUGUUCAGCCGAAUGUCCCACUUCUAAGCAGUGUCUAGACACUGGCAAAGUUUUAUUUCUGGUAUUGAUGGUUGAUCUAUGUUGGGAGAACGCACCUUCUGUGUGGUUUCCCCCACAUAGAUCAAACCACAGGGACACUCCAACAUAUACACGACAACCUUUUGUGAAUUUUUGGAGGUAAAAAUGUUUUCCCCUUCCCACCCCUAAUUUGCAUACUGUGGUUUGAUCUAUGUGGGGGAAACCACACAGAAGUUGCGUGAUAGGUUCGGAUUUGGUUCGGUAUUCGGCCGAAUCUUUUGUGAAGGAUUCGGGGGUUCGGCCGAAUCCAAAAUAGUGGAUUCGGUGCAUCCCUAGUAUCCACGGACGAGAUGGUGGGAGUUGCAGUUCACUAAAGCUAAUGUGAUGAGAAGUAGUAAUAUGACUAAAUAAGGACUGGGGGUCAAUGCUAUAGCUGAGCCCAAAUAUAUCAGAUUGUUUGAAAAUAGAAUUGUUCUUUCCAGCCACAGCCUCCUGUGCUGCUCCACCCUCAUACCCUGCUCCCACCCCAGGACAAGGAGACAAUGGCUGAAUGCUAGUAGUUACCCUAUUGGCUGAAUGCUAGCAGUUACCCUAUUGGCUGAAUGCUCGCAGUUACCCUAUUGGCUGAAUGCUAGCAGUUACCCUAUUGGCUGAAUGCUAGCAGUAACCCUAUUGGCUGAAUGUGUGUGUAAUGAAAUGGAAUGGGCCAAUCCUGGUGCUGCAGUAAAGUGAGUGACGGCUUGGUUUGCCAAUCGUUAUAAAAUAAAACCAGCCUCUCUAUACCUGUAAAUAUUUCCUCCCAUUGUCCAGGCUGGUAAAAGAGUGUCCCAAGGUUCACCCCUAGUGAGAGCAUAGGGUUCUCUGGCUCUUUGGAUGGAAUGACUAGUGGCUAUUGGUCCUCCCAGGAGUCAGUGUAACUGGUUAAAGGGCACAAGGUUCAUUAAACAGUGAAAUAAACUCAUAAAAAUUUUAUGUCACAGGUGUUUUAUGUCAAAUUGUACUUAGUAACUAGCCCCUGGGAAAAAUUAGAGCUGGGCCCCUAUCUGUUAUGAUAAAAAAAAAGCAAGGUAGAGUCAACUUGCAGCCCUCCAGCAGCUCCAGCAUCCCACUUAAAACUAAAAUACCUCAAGCUGUUGUCGAACUCCAGCUAUCAGCAUCCUCCUUUGUUUGUCAUUUGUCAUAGUCCAGCUACCCUAUCACAUUUACACACAUAGGGUCAAUUUUAUCAGGAGACUAUUCGUUUAAAGUAUUUUCAUGGAUUUUUCACUUAUACAGAUUCAACACAUAAGAUGCAAUCUUUGCACCAAUAUAACCAAUAUAAUUUGACAAAUAUCUCUUAUUUAUUUACUUCACCAGCUAUAUUAGUGUAACUUACUAUUGACAUAUCUUGGCAGGUUAUUGCAGGUCAAAGGGCAGAAAGACAAUUAUUGGUUAGUGAUUCAAUGACAUACCUUGAUGAAUUGCUACAGUCUGUUUUUUUUUAUUUCAAACUAUGGAAUACUGCUUCUUUGUUAUAGUGUAAAUGUCAAGCUGCCCAAUGUAACUUUGAUGAAAAUCAUUUAAUUUAGAAGUUUAAAAGCUCUGCUUAUGCCAUGCAGAUUUGUGUAUAAAAUUUUUACCAUAUUUACAUGAGUUCAGUUCAUUAAAAAAAAACAAACAUAUAAAAUAAUUGCUUAGAGUGAAAUUUUCACCAUCUGCUUGAAAACAAUAAAAGAGGAGUAAUCUUUACAGCUUUGAUUUAUACAUUAGUUUCUAGUUAUGUGUAUAAUGAUCUGAACAUCCAAUUGCAUGGAUAAGUUUAAAACAAAUCUAGAUGCUUAUUAAAGUUUAAACAUUAAUAUCAUAUACUGCUAUAUAACUUAUUGCCUUACAUACAGUACUUACAUACUUAUGCAUAUAUAAAGUACAGGUAUAGAAUCUUUUAUCUGGAACACUUGGGACUUGGAGGUUUCUGGGUAAGGGAUAUUUCUGCAAUUUGGCUCACUAUUCCUAAUUAUAACCUAUAAUGUUGACCUUCUGGAGGCGGGGCACUGACAUGGUGAUCGGUGACUGGCCGAUCAUCACGUCAGUCUCAGAUAAUCCUGCCUGGUAUUUUUGACCCAGUAGUUUUGACCAGGGUAGCCCUUCCAAGAACAGUUACUAACUGUUAACCAAUCAGUGGAAAGCAAGAGAGCUGCACAGCAAGAAGUUGGGUUCUAUUAUAUUAGACAUCAGGUCACUCCAGCCUUUAUACAUUACAUUUUUGACUAACUAACUAUAUUGAAAACAUGUUUUAUUUUGCACAGCCUAUCUAUUUACCCAGUUUUUAUUUUUAUACUGAACAAUUACCUUUAAAGGUACUCACAGAGUAACUUUUCACCCUUUUAACCUAACUGAAUUGCAAGCUAGUUUUUUGCAAUUUCUGAUGGAACAAAUAGACUUUCUCCCCAAAUUGCACAACCUUCAGACUGAGCACCGAUUCCACUGCUACAGCCCCCUCACAGGGAGUCAGACCCAUAAUUUGGAAACCACUGUUAUAGAGCAUUCUACCCAAUGUGCUGUUCAUUUCAAGAAUCUUCCCUACUUGUUGUUAUUUACUGAUCGUUUCAUUACAAGCCCUAGAACCCUCUGUAAAUGUAAUUUUGUUUCUGCAGCACUGGAUAGCAGGAUUGAGAAGAUACCAUGCAAGAAAACUAGGUUCAGACACUGAGACAAAGCUAUGACACCUGUGUUGAAGUUGUGUUUCAAGAACAGAUUGACUGUCAAAAU